UUAAGGACGCCAUUCCACUCGUCUCCGCCGGAGAGAAGAGAGAAUCUUCAAAAACGGCCACGGCCGAGUGUCAUCGCUGCCAGGUAGAAGAUAAAAUCGGCCAAUCUACGCGAAACCUUGCUCCCCUCUUCUAUUCCUCUCUGUUUCGAAAGGUGAACCGAUAAAAGGCGGUUUAUACGAGCACGUUACGGCGAAGAAAAGGGCGGCGACGAAAAAGAAGGCGAGGAGGAUGGUGAUCCCGAAACGGCGGACCAAACGAACGGGAACGAAAGAGACGGCCGUUCGUUUUAAUCGCUAAUCGCCAAUUACCUGGGCGCCCCAAACCCCACAAGCAUUUUAACGAGCCGCCGUGUCGCCCGGCCCGGAAUUUUACUCUUCUGGACGCUCGGCUUCCAAGUCGUCUCUUCCCUCAACUUCUCUCCCUUUAACCUGUUCCCCUUCCACCGCCUCUCUUUCCUCCGUUACGAUUCGAGCCUCUAACGUGCGUGCGUGCGUGCGUGUGUAUGCGCGCGCGUACCAAUUAGCGCAUACUUGGACGCGCGCGCGGUGUGUUCGAGCGUGGGCUAAACGGUGGCCGGUUUCGGGGGAGAAAUCGCGGAAUUGUUUCCAAGGCUCACUUGUGAAGACGCUCGAACGGGAAUUAUCGGUGUUCCUGGAUGGCUGGAGGUCGUGCUGGGGCGCAGACAAUGAGCCCUGCUCGCUAAUAGGAGGCGAUUAGUCACGGACCGACUAAGAAUGGAGGUAAAGGUGAAGAGAAGCUACCUGAGAUUAUAUCCCCCCGGUGUUUCGGAUAAAUGACACCCGGGUAGCGGGAUUAUCGCGCGGGAUAGCGGGGAAAAAAGGGACGGGUCGAGGGGUUUCCUUGGGAUUUUCGUAACGGUUCUGGCAGGAUGUUUACGGCGCCAAGAUUAAGCGUACACCACUGUGGGAGCUAAGUAAUAACUGGCAAUGGAAUUAGAGACGCUGCACGGUCGCGUAUAUACGCGGAUGGAUGAUGCCGUGUACGUGACUGUGCCGUGGACGAGAUUUUUACCCGGUGGAUCGAUGACGGGAAUAUCUAUAAACACGGAACCGAGAUACAGGAAGAGAAUCUUUGGUGUUUGGAUUCCCAUUCGAGGAAUUCGUCGUAACGAAUUAUUAUAUCCCGUGGAUGCCCGUCGGGGAUAUCGGCGAAUCUGUGAGAAUCCGGGGGAACGGAGAUAAAAUUGAUAAGGUUAAAUUAACUAAAGUUGUCAAUUAUUGUGCAAUUAUCGUGCUCGCGUGAUUCGAUUGUUACACACUCGAUCUGUCACUUUCCAUUGGUAAACCGAACCUCUCUCUAAAAAUUCCGAGUAAUUUUCCACAUCGAGUAUUUCCCUUCUCACCGAUCAACCACCACUUCAACCACUUUCCCACUCCUCCCACAAAUCUCAAUAGCACUUCACCGAACUACUAUCGAUUUUAUUCGAGAUGUCCUGCUUCGGUGGUCGCAACGAGCAGAUCUACAUAAUCGAAAUACUGAUCCACAAGUUGACACUGACGAAGAGCAAGAUCAAAGAUCUCGGCGAUUAUCCGAUAGCGGUGAAGGUUCAGUUUCUCGACUUCUCGGUGUUCGAAAUCACGAGGGACGAGUUUUAUUCGGUGAAACCACCGCCGCCGACCGAGGACGGCAUCUUCUAUUUCAUGGUGGGCAGAAGUUGCCUGUUUAUAAAACAACCGAAGGAUCUGGUAACGGAAUUGCAAUCGCAGAAUAUAAAGGUCGGCGUGUUUCGCGUCGGAGACUCGUACCCCAUGGCCGAGACCGAGAUAACGUUGCCCGGCUGCAUGUGCGACCAAGUGGCGAUGGCCCUGAACGAUCCCCAGAAUCUGCCGAAACCGUUUAUGGUGAAAGGUAGUUUCAAUCUGUUGGAUCCUGGCGAGAAUCCGUCGGGAACUUUGGAGAUGGAAAUGCGACUGUCGUGUUUGGGCCGAUCGAUCAUGACCCACUACGAGCUUCACCCCAAAUUCUUCACGUUCAGGAAUAACGGGCAGGAAAGGGAGUUCUGUGUCAGGCGUCUGCUUCCGCCCAGUUAUUAUCCGGAAGGCGAGGCCAAGGAGGUCACGGAAUUUCUGGAGAAAACCACGGUGGACGAGAUGAAGGGAAAGGUGAAGGAAGAACCGACGAAGAAAAAGAAGGAAAGGAAGGGGAAGGGGAGGGGGAGGGGGAGGGGACGCGGCAGAUGA